CUGUUCAUUCGUUUGUUUCUUAAAAGAAAACGAAACUGAAGCUGAAACUGAAACUUCAACUGAUUCUGUAAAAAGUAAACAAAAAUCCAAAUACAGUUCAGUGGUUACUGACUAAAGAUUCUUGAGUAUUGCUUUCUUCUCCAAUUCUCAACCUCGAACUUAUCUACGACAUCAAAGCUUUGGUCUCUCUAUAUAUAAACAUUCACUUUCUUCCACGAUCAAAUUGUCAGUCACACCAAACCAAAGAGGGGGAUCGAAAUGGGGUGGAAAGGAAUUCUGGGUUUUGAUUAUGGAAUAGUUUUAGCACCUAUGGGCCAUGAUAUUGCUGGACCUGAGCUCGUAGCUGCUGUUGCAAACGCUGGUGCCCUUGCCCUUCUUCAUGCUCCUGAAUGGGAUUCACCAGAGCAGCUAAAGGAGCUGAUAAGGAAGACACGAGAGCUAACUGAUAAACCCUUUGGGGUUGGUGUUCUUUUGCCAUUCCCUCACAAGGAGAACAUAAAGGCUAUAUUGGAAGAAAAGGUGGCUGUUCUGCAAGUAGCGUGGGGUGAAUGCUCCAAGGAGCUUGUUUUAGAAGCUCAUAAUGCUGGGGUCAUGGUUGUUCCUCAAGUUGGGAGUCUUGAGGAAGCAAAAAAAGUAAUUGAUGCGGGUGUAGACGCGAUUAUCGUUCAAGGCCAUGAAGCUGGAGGGCACGUACUUGGACAGGAUGGUCUAAUUUCAUUAUUGCCACCAGUGGUUGACGCAGUGGCUGAUCAUGAUAUUCCGGUAAUUGCUGCUGGGGGCAUUGUAGAUGCUCGUGGUUACGUUGCUGCCUUGGCUCUUGGUGCUAAAGGCAUUUGCAUGGGAACUAGGUUUCUUGCAACUCAAGAAAGCUAUGCUCACCCAACAUACAAACAGAAACUGAUCGAACACGAUGAAACCGAGUACACCGAUAUCUUCGGCAGAGCACUCUGGCCCGGUGCACCACAGCGUGUCCUGCGAACACCGUUCGUCUGUGACUGGAAAUCCCUUCCUGCUCAUGAAAAUGAAAGUAAUCAGCCUGUCAUCGGUCGAUCACUAAUACAUGGCAUGGAAACCGAAAUCCAACGCUUUUCUGCUUCAGAUCCCAAUCCAACAACAACAGGAGAGAUCGAAAACAUGGCACUCUAUGCAGGCCAAAGUGUUGGCCUAAUCAAGGAGAUUCUUCCUGCUGGAGAAGUAGUGAAGAGACUGGUUGAAGGGGCUCAACAUUUGAUCCGCCAAAGAUUUAAUGAGGACUCGGUCUAAAAAUCCAUUUGUAAACAUAUAUUGCACUUUGUUUAUGUGAGAGUGUUUUUAAAGCUUGGUUGGUGAAGCUGUUACAGCAUUUUAAUGUAUGAAAUAAAUCUAAAGAGACUAAUAUAAUGCAGGAAAGAAAGCUGUACCAAGAUUUUUUUUUCCUCA